AUGGCGUGCGGCAGCACGGAGCACGUCGCGGCGCACUUUCACGACAUCCGCCUCCCGCCGUCCAAGUCGCUGCUGCUGCGCAGUGUGUCGGUGGAGGGCGCCACAGAAGACGUGCUCUUCGCCGACGACGACACCUUCGCCGUGCGGCUCGUGUGCGGUGCGAGCAGCGUUGUGCUGCUGGCGUUCCCGAGCUGCAGCGCCACCGUGGUGCCGACCUCCGCACCGGUGCUGAAGAUGGCCAAGGCGCGCGCACUGGGCCCGAACCACUUCUUCCUGCAGUGCGCGCGUGUCGAGGGCGUCUUCGUUGCUCACGUUAACCCGUUUGCUGGCGUGCAGAUUCUCGCACUCAUCUCGACAGGCAUUAGCGGCAUCAGCGGCGGUGUCGGUGGCGCCGUACGGCGCAUCGCGUGCAGUGGCCGGCGCUUGUACCUUGUGCUGGAGACGGGCCACCUGCUGCUGUGCCACUACGGCCGACGCGGCGUGUUUACGCUCAUCCCGAUUGGUGUCGCGGAGCUCGACGCGGCGCACUUGGCGGUCUUUGAUGGCUACACGCGCGGCUCGCUGCUGGCGGCGGUGGAGGCGGACCAGACGGUGACAUUCGUGCCGUCGUAUCACUCGUAA